GAAUCAGCUGCUGUUGUCUGUAGGAUGUGUGCUGACUGCAGCCUGCCUCUCCGAUGUCUUUUUAUAGGGGCUGGUGGGGGCAGGGAACCUCAGGCAGGGCAGUGACACCCGAUGCAAGCACAGAAAAGGCUCAGAGGAUGUGAAUAAGAUGGGAGGGGGUUGCCGGAUUAAGGAUUGUGUCUAUAGAAUUCUGCAGGUGGCUAGUGUAACAAGCACAGCAUUCCCGUUACAGACACUUCAAAGGUUGCGGGAUAUCUAUGUGUGACCCGGCUUAUUUCAAAUCCUCCUCUGGAUAUUGUAUUCGGGAUAUCCCCUUGCUGAUUUUGCUACAAGAUUUUUACAACGUUCAAUAUGAUCACCGAUAUCCACAUGCACAGUAUUACAGCAUCCUGCGCCGCGUCAGUCUCACCACAACUGCUGCUGGUUUCAGAUGAUGGAGUCUAUAUCCUUCGUGGAGGAAACCACAGUAUAUUUCGUACAGAUGGGAUAGCCGAUAGUGUUUUUUAUUGCAGGUGUUAUAUUUUUUAAACGGCUAUCUCAUUCACCAAUUGACUUUUGGAAUUAUCUCUCGGGAACUUCGGGUUUGGCGUUACAGGUUGUCAUGACCUGUCACGAUCGGAUAUAAUUUUGCAUUAUUUUCCCAGUUGAAUUUCUAAUGUAAGUAAGUCUGCCUCUGAUGGUGUUCAAUGGAAUUUUCAAAAAUAUACAACGUUCUGUUUCUUUACAGUAAAACCUCUUGCCUGAUAUAGAAAGAAGAUUGCACUAUUUCUAAUUCUGCAGAGAUUUAAAGAACCUUUUGUUAUAGGGUCUCAAAUUUCAUUGGCCAUUAAAAUCUAUCUAUAAAAAAAACAAAAAAAACUUUUUUUUGCACUCAUCUUUUUCUAGACUCUAGUCAUUUACAGGCCCUUUUGUAAAUGUGAAUGAAUCUAUAUAGAUCAGGUUUUAUACAGUGGUUUUGGCUGUUACACCAAGUAGGCCGCGAUAACAGCAGAGAUGGACCGUCAGAGAGCGGAAAUCUUAAUAAAGAUUGCCCAAGCACGAUUAGAGUGCGGUAGGCCUGCGGAUGCCUUAAAUUACUUAUACCAAGCCCAGAGUCUGUAUCCCACGCGGACUGCUGCAGGACUUAUACAGGCCAUUCGCGGAGGAUGGUUUGAAGCUGAAAGUAGCCAUUUUGGACACAGGAGCAGCCGCUUUGAGCCAAACAGUUACUGGGAGAGCCGUAACCAUCACGCAGGCUGCGGAAGCUGUGGCACGCAGACUUGGGAGGAAGAAGAAGAUGAGCAGCAGGAAGAGGAGGGGGAGAGUCUGACCAGUAGGUUGGAGGAUAGAGAGGACUACUAUGCAAUAUUGGGCGUGAAGCGGGACACCAAUGAGGAGACACUCAGGAAGGCGUACCAUAAACUGGCCCUACGCUACCACCCAGAUAAAAACAACUCUCCUGGCGCUACUGAAGCUUUCAAGGUGAUUGGAAAAGCCUUUGCUGUCUUAAGUGAUCCAGUCAAGAGGAAACUUUAUGACGAUUCACAAGGCAGAACACAUGUGGUCUUAGAACCUGACCUGUCCACUGAAGAUCUUUUUGAUCUGUUUUUCCGUGGUCAAUUCCCUUCUGGCUCCUAUGCCGGGGCCUAUCAACGACAACCAAGGUCUACAACCAAAGCCCAAGAUGGUAGGUGGUCAAGAUGGCAGAGAGAAGAAGAAAGCACAGAUGGUCAAUCAUCCAGGUGGCAGAGAGAGGAAGAAAGAGCAGAAGGUCAAUGGCCAAGGCAACAUGGAGAAGAGAUGAGACAUGAAAGAGGAAGAGAAAGUAGGUGGAAAGAGGAAGGACAAGAUGGAGAUAAAAGAUCAAGAUGGUGGGAAAGGGAGGAGAAAGCAGAUACUGGACAACCUAGGGGGAAGAAAAAUGAGAAACAGGAUAGUGGGCAACCUAAGACUCAAGAAGAAAAGAGGAAAGAAGGUGCAAAGGGAAAGUCAAAGUGGUCAGAUAUAAAAGGUCAGACUGGGAGAAGGUCAAAGCUGCGCGAGGAAUUGGGGAGAAAUGAAGCAAGACAGGCUAGAAGGCAGGAAGAGGAAGAAAAAAACAAAAGGACAAAAACAGUUUAUUCUGCAUUUAUCCAGGUCUUGCCAGUACUGCUGCUGGUGGUGGUAUCUGUGGUUGCUCAGCUAACCGCCACCACUCCAACUUACAGCCUUCAUCAGAGACCUUCAUCAGGCCUUACAGUUGCUAGAGAAACCCGUAGCCUAGGCGUCCCUUACUUUGUUGCACAGAAUUUUAAGGAACGUUACCGGGGAGAAGCACUUACUGAAUUGGAGAGAGCAGUUGAAAAGGAAUAUGCAGAGACUGUCCAGGCCGGAUGUUGGAAAGAGAAACAACAAAAGUUAGACCUGACCAAUCUAGCUCGACUUUACAGGGACGAGAGACUAAGAGAAAAAGCGGAGAGCCUAAAAAUGGAGAAUUGUCAGAAGCUUUCAAAUCUUAUAGGUUCUCGGCGAAGGGGAUGACUUUAAGCAACCAGUGAAUAAUCAGAAGAGGAGGAUUCAAAUAAUGGUCUCCAAGCUUUGUAGGGACUGUAAUAAUUUAUGAAACCAAUUACAUGAACUCUUCCAGUAUUUGUUAGUGAAGAAUGAAUACGAUACCCUUAAAAUUCUGUUUACUUUUAAAACCACUGCCUACAUAUCAUGUAAGAUGUCUCAAACUUAUUCAUUAGUUUUAACAACCCCGAAGGGACCUGUAACUCGUGAUUCACUUGGAAAUAACUUGUUCAUUAAAAGCAAAUAUAGGGCUUCCAUACCUGACAUUAUAGAGGUCUAUUUAAUAAGAUGUGGUCAGUGGACAACAAAUACCCCAAUAUAAGUCAAAAGAGCUAUGUUGGAAAUUAAGGAGCCAGAUCUGCUAAAGUAGCCCUGUCUAUUUUUAGUUUUCCUUUCCUUAUGCCCCCCUGUAUCUUUAUGAGUAUACUCCCCCGUGCCACUUGCCUUUAGUUAUAAUUAUUAUCUUUUCCUCCUUGUGCCGGGUCGUAUAUCUGGGCACAGCCAUUUUGCGUCCCCAAGCAGGACAAUUGCAGAAGGAGGGAGGGUGGACCUGAGGUGGUUGUUACAGAAGUGUAACACCCACCUCUCUAAGGGGAUCAUGGCAAGGGAUCGGUGGGUCGGGUUAGUGGUGGAGGGUUUUCAGCUGUGCUAUUUUAGCAUUCAUUUUGCAACUCAUAUAUCAGCUGGCCACUAUUUCGCGAAUAAACCCCUAUAAUUAAGAAGUAGAUGGACCUCCAUUUUAACAGACAUUAUACUGUGCCACGGGCGCCCACGGAAGGCCUAUUAAUAUAAACUUGCUUUGGCAACGGAAGAGAUCUAAGGAAAUCAUAAUGGUUUAUAUUUGAAGUGUCUCCACCAAAAUAAAACUUUGGGGAGUUUUAUGGAAUCCAUACAUUCUAUCUAAAUAUCCAGUCAGUGAAUAUGGGGGAUUGCUGGUGCAAAUCCAGUCUAUCAUGACAUACCCCAAAAAUGACUUUUAAUUUACUGGCCAAUUAAGGUUGUUCUGACAGGUCGUAACUAUACCUUAAUUGCAAAUACCAUGUUUCUUCAAACCUAUCCUCAAGACUCACUAACAGUCUAGGAGUCACUGCCAGAACCCGGUGCCCUAAUGCAAGUGACUGAGCCACUAACUGGUGCAAAUGUAGCGAUAUCACUAGCUUCUGGUCUGUUGGUCGGUUAGGACGACAGAUUUAGAAAUACUAUGAUAUAU